AUGUCAAAACAGUACGGAUACGGUGGGAAUCAAAACCCGUACGACCAACGGAACGACAACUAUGGCGGCGGCGGUUAUGACAACCCCCCUCCUAGCUAUAACAAUACCCCCUAUGGCGCUGGUGGCCGUGGUUACGCCCCAACUGGAAGUAUGGACGACAGUACGCAUCGCUCAACCCAUCAUGCAGAUGUUAACCGUACACUUACAGGCUCAGCAGUCGAGAUGGCUCCUCUAACGCAGAAUGCUGGCUCAAUGGCCCGCGAAGACCCCAAUGCGAUCCGUAACGAGUGCCGCGACAUCAGCAACAGUGUUCGCCAAGUCGAGAGCAGCCUGGAACAGAUCAAGGUGCUCCAAUCCCGAGUUCUCAGCGAUGUCGACAGCUCCUCGUCCAGCCAGUCCAACCGUCAGCUGGAUGCCCUGACAACCGAGACCACGGCUACUUACCGCUCUCUUGUUGAGCGUGUCCGGACCAUCAAAUCCAAGCCUGAGGGCCGAAGCGCCAUGAACAGCAGCCAUGUCGACCGAGUCGAUCGAGAAGUCAAGGCCGUCAUCACCAAAUACCAGACUGUCGAAUCCGAGUUUCAGGCCGCCGUUAAGCAGCAGAUGGGUCGCCAAUACCGUAUUGUUCGCCCCGAUGCUACAGAGGAAGAGGUCCAGGCCGCGGUUGAAGACACCGGCAACGGUCAGAUUUUCAGCCAAGCUCUGAUGCAAAGCGACCGCCAGGGCCGUGCUCGUGCUGCACUGAGCGCAGUCCAGGACCGACACAAGGAGCUGCUGAAGAUUGAGCAGCAGAUGACAGAGCUGUUCCAGCUCAUGCAGGAUCUUGAUACCCUGGUCGUCCAGCAAGACGCUGCUAUUGUGCAGAUUGAGCAGAAGGGCGAGGAGAUUGUCGAGAACCUCGACAAGGGUAACGAGGAAAUUGCGGUGGCUGUCACAACUGCCCGAUCCACCAGGAAGAAGAAGUGGAUUUGCCUUGGUAUUGUUGUUGCCAUUAUCGUCAUCGUCGUCAUCAUUGUGCUCAUUUACAUCUUCGUUGUCCGAGGAACAAACAACAACAAGAAGCGAUCUCUGCUCGAAGAGGUUGCUGUACCGGCUGCUCGUCUCGUGGCUCGUCUGCCCUCAGAGGAUGAGAUUGCUGCCCAGUUUGGCCGGAUAGCCAAGGGAAGACUUCACUUGCCUGCUGCACCACAGUAA